GACCGCCACCAUGCCUUUUCCGUCUGGAUUUCACGACCUCCGUCUUCGAGUCGACGAGCUGCAGGCGGAAAAUGAGAGGUUGGAAGAAGUAAUUAACGAGCACUCUUUUCACGCACUCGGAGCCGAAUUGAGAUUGCGACAGGCCGACGCGAGUUACAAGUUACCGUGACGACCUCGAGAACGACAAGACAAAUCUUGAGCGUACCCGCGACGAUCUUGAGAACGACAAGAAAAUUCUUGAGCGCGCCCGCGACGACCUGGAAAGCGAUAAGAAAAAUCUUGAGCGCACCCGUGACGAUCUCGAAACGGACAAGAUGAAUCUGGAGCGCGAACGCACCGAGCUGUUGAACAAGCUGCAAAGAGCGUCGGACUCGAUAGACCAGAAGGAGAAGCACAUUCAACAUGUUGAGGCCCAAGCAGCAAAAUUCAAGGAAGAAUUAGAGGCGGAGCAGGAAAAGGUGCGAACGCUCCAUGAGAACAUCAAGAAGGCCAAGGAACUGGCAGAUGGGCGCGAGCAAUACAUCACACAGACAGAGGGACAAGCCAAAGAAUUCGAAGACCAAGUCAAAGAACUGGAAAAGGACAAGCUCGAUCUCAACCACCAGCUUGUAUACGAGAAAGCCGGGCGCUACAAUGUGGAGACAGCCAAAGGUGUCCUUUCAACCAAAUACGACAAAUUGCUCGACGAAACCAACAACGUACGAGGCCAGCUCGAUGCCACGCAAAAGGAAAAUGGCCGCCUCAAAGGUCAUAUCGACGACUUGAAGACGACGAUCACUAGCUUGGAACAUGUCCAGGCCGAAGCUCUUGAGGAUAGGAAGGUCGCGCAGGGGCUGCGCCGUCAAUGGGAGCGUAUGAGGAAUGAGCUGCCACGUUUCAACCCGUCACCACAAGCUGCUAUCGCACCACCACCUCCUGGACCCGAUGGACAAGCUGGACGAGCUGAACAAUCUAAGACGCAAAACCUUGCAAGCGAACUCCCUUUCGACUUUGACCACGGCAGCAUUCAGGAAUCGAACGGCGAGUCAGACGCCCCCACGACCACGACCCAGUCCUCCAACGGUAAACCCAGCGAUGGCUCCUCCUCCUCCUCUUCUUCUUCAGAAGACUGCGGUGAUGCUAAUGAUGACAACGACACUGAAGUCAAUGAUGAAAUCACAGAAGUUAUCAGAAAGGUUCACGUCCACAGUCCACGAAUACGCAUCUACCUUCCAUACCAGAAGACGCUUCACAAUCCAUUUUCCUGCUGGGUCCUGGUCGAGUUCAACACCGCUAUUCUCUUCCGCAACUGGCUAUCUUAUGCUGCGGGUCGUGCCGCUCCAUUGCUCCGCAGAAAGGGCCGGACUGUUGAAGGAACCUCUCCCAAUGGCCUGUCUCAAUCUCCAAGCGGUGGCGGCACUCUAAAUGGCGUACGUGGUACGCCCUCUGCACCUUCGCCAGUCGACCCCAAAUCCGAGAAAGAUGCAGAACUCAUUCAACCUGUCAAUGGAACUGCUCCUGAUGGUCCAAACGGCGCAAGUGUUUCCCCCUCUGAACCCUCACCAGUCGACCCCAAAAUCUUGGAAGUCGUAAACCUCAUCGAACCUGUUGUCCCUAGCGAAGACAAUAGAGAGACCUACCCAUCUGGCGAGAAUCUUCCUCGUGAUGAACACUUCCGCCAACCAUCUUCGAACGCAAAUAUCAACCCCAGCAACUCCCCUCCAGUCUUCGGGACUUUUUUCGCCUUUGCUCUACAUCUGAUCUUCUACUAUUUCCUCUAUGUCUGCUACGAGAACUACUGCGAGCGGAGUAAGUGGAUCUCAGCAAACGAGACUGCUCGAAAACUUGCAUUCGACAUCCUCGCUCUUCGAGGGGGAGAUGGACGUGGCCUUGCCUCUCACCUCUUCUCUGAACAAGUGGUACGCACCAUUGACCGCUUCGUCCUCACAACAGUGUCACUCUUCAAGGUUGAGACCAAGGCCUGGCAGAUUCCAGGAUAGAUUCUCAUUUCCGACUUUCACAAAUUCAACAUUCAAGCAACUUCCUUUCAAACGACCUGUCAUUCUUUAUGACACGGAAAAGGAGUUUAGAGUUCACCGGCGUUGGCAUACACUUUCUCAGGGAUUCCUAGUCUUGGGAGGAGGUUUCGGAUACCCACAGGCUGGCGUUUGGUUAACCUUAACAAUACCCAAUCAUGUUUCUUUCUUGUUCAGUCUGCAUUUACUUGAGAUUCACAACACAUGCAGGCUUUUCUAUCUCUGUUUUACUAGUUUGAUGCGCUUGCUACCAUGGAUAUGAGCUUGCUGAUGGAUGGAUGGCCUCGAUCCUGUUUCUUUUCAAUCACUUUGUUUUCCGGAUCCGCACAUUUUCUCGAAUAACUACCCACCACUCUGUCCUGAUCUGAGAUUUCCUCUCAUUGGUCAUGGUCCAAUAGUCGCCUUGCAGCUUGCUCCUGUACCUGAAUAUCAGCCCAGAAAAUCGAAAUAAUUCA